GGCACAAACAGACAAAACCCAGUAAAUCCAGAGGGAACGCUGGCACUCCACUUCCUAAACUCACCCACUUGGUUGUGGGGGGAGAGAUGGAGCAAAUGCAGUGUGUGAAUUCAGGACAAGCAUGUCAGCCUCAGCUUUGAAUUUCCUGGCUCUGUUGGGCGAGCUCGAUUUUAUCUAGAUCUGGGGAGGAGAUUACAUUUAUAUCCCGCAAACCCCAGCUUCAGAAGAAAAGUUUGAACUCCCCUCAAGGUGUGAAGCACAGGGCUCCCACCUCCUCCAGGCUUGAGCUUCCCCCCCUUCCUCCCCUGGGCUGUGAAACUGGAGAAGAGGAGCAGGAACAAUGUCACAUGAAGGGAAUGCUAACUACACUGCAACCUCGCUGCUUCCAGGCAGCUCCUCCAGCCUCAGCCUCUCUUUCUCUCUGGCUGACUUGGUUAAAAUCAUUGUUUGGCUCCAGCAUUAACUACAUUCCAGAGGGACGCAGCGCCCAGUCUCCUUCCUCGCAUUCCUGCCCCACACAAAGGAGUCCCUCCCUCGCCUGGCCUCUGUGCAUCUCUUCCAGCGCCACAAAGACCCUGGGAGCCGGGAGUUGCACUUGCCCCCAGGCUCGGAGUUUGUCCCCGGCGCUUGGUCUAGGUGCAACUCUGCUGGGAAAGGGGGAGAAGGCAGGCAGCCCCUGAGUGCAAAUUCCUCCGCGCAGCGCGCCAUUGACUGGCCUGAGCAACUUAUUUAAGGCUGGAAAUUGACACACGGGGGGCUUUUUCUUCUAGCCUCUCCUCGUUCGGCUAAGGGAGCUGGUCGUGCGACGGGCUGUGGAGCAGGGAUGCCUUCCAGGUGACCUGGUACAAGGAGCUGCUGGGUCACCUGGCUGCAGAUCUCUGGGGCAGGGGGAGCAGCCGGGGCAGAAAAGUGCUUUUCCCUGCUGCAAACUUCCCAGCCGGCGGCUUUCGUGCCCCCCCCCCUUCUAUUUUCUUUCUCUCCUCCCACCCCCACCCCCCGGCUCGGGGCCGGCGGAGCAUGGAGAGGUACGAGGAGGACAUUGCCCGAGCCAGCAAGUUCAUGGAAGAUCUGUCUCUCUACGAGACCUGCCAGGAUGGGCUGUACAGCGGCCGGGGCUGCAGCGCCAGCCGGAGGGAGCUGCUGGAAGACGCCCAACGGGCCAUCGCAGCCCACAUGACGGCGGAGCCGAGAGGCAAGAAAAUGAAUGGCACCGUGGCCCCCCCGGGGGACGCCCACCCCGCCGCCGCCUCCGGCAAAGUGUACCAGGCUGCGGCCGCCCCCCAGCCCCGCUCGCUGAACGGCGGCAGCCGGGGGGGCGGCCAGGAGCCGGGCUGCUGCGAGGAAGGGCUCUGCACCCGCUCCGAGGUGGCGCUGCCCUGCUACGGCGGCUUCGCGGACAAGGGCAGGCGCUAUUCCUCCGAGAGCGCCCGGCACAGCGCCGGCAGCGCCUACGAGGGCGUCUACGUGCCCAAGCCGGCCGGCUCCUAUCCCGGCCCGCCGGGCAGCCGAGCCCACGCCGGGCCCGAGGGCAAAUACAACGCGGCCAGCCCCAGGGCCAGCCUGGCCGCCUCCUGCCAGGAGCAGCUCAGCCGCUUCUCCAGCCCCAGGUCCAGCCUGGGCAGCAGCGGCGUCCCGGGCUACGAGAAGUUCUCCAGCCCCCGGGCCAGCCUGGUGGUGCCCGGGCAGGAGAAAUACACGAGCCCUCGGGCCAGCCUGGUGCAGUACGAAGGCAGCGCGCUGAGCCCCAGGUCGAGCUACGCCAGCACGGCCAGUGACACCAGCAAGCACUCCAGCCCCCGGGCCAGCCUGAACAGCUACGACUGCGGGAGCAAGCCCAGCAGCAACCGCACCAGCGGCAUCAGCAUGGGCUACGACCAGCGGCACAUCAGCCCCCGGUCCAGCACCGCCAGCCAGUACUCCUGCACCAUCAGCCCCCGCUCCAGCUACUCGGACUCCCGCUACGGCCCGUCGGGGAAUCCCGAGCUGGAUGGGGCUGGCGGGCCCGGGCUCCCCAUGGUCAGCCCCAGGUCCAGCCUUUGCAGCCAGGAGGGUCGGGCAGGGGCGGUGGGGAACUGCAACCCGUCUGUGAUCAGCCCCAGGUCUAGCAUCUCCAGCCAUAGCUCCCGGAGUUCCAGAGGCUCCAUGAGCGCUUACCCGGAGCUCCAGCUGCCGUCGCCCCGCUCUUCCAUGCUGGGACCAAGUUUACAGGAGGAAAAUACCACGCAGGAGCAUGGAGAUGCUUAUCCCAGGCACGAGCAGCAGCAGCAUCCUGCUUCCUCCAACCCCGACCCGGCUUCAGGGGCGUUAGCAUCCUACACCUACAGCCCAACCAAAGGGUCCGCUUCAGCUCCCAAAUUCAAGCUUCCGUAUCAGGUCACCCCGACCAGGGAGAGUGGACCCAGCCAGGCAGAGAGGAGGUUGGAAGCGUUGACGCUGGAGCUGGAGAAGGAGUUGGAGAUGCACAUGAAGAAGGAAUAUUUUGGUAUUUGUAUAAAGUGCGGAAAGGGCGUAUAUGGAGCGAGCCAGGCUUGCCAAGCAAUGGGUAACCUCUACCAUACCAACUGCUUCACCUGCUGCUCUUGUGGGAGAAGACUGCGAGGAAAAGCCUUCUACAAUGUCAAUGGUAAAGUGUACUGUGAAGAAGACUUCCUAUAUUCGGGCUUUCAGCAGACAGCAGACAAGUGCUUUGUUUGUGGACACCUCAUAAUGGAAAUGAUCUUACAGGCUCUUGGAAAGUCAUACCAUCCUGGCUGUUUCCGCUGCGUGGUCUGUAAUGAAUGUCUGGACGGAGUCCCCUUCACUGUAGACGUGGAGAACAAUAUUUACUGUGUCAAAGACUAUCACACUGUUUUUGCACCAAAAUGCGCUUCCUGUAACCAGCCAAUUCUACCAGCACAGGGCUCCGAGGAGACCAUUCGAGUGGUGUCAAUGGACAGAGAUUACCAUGUAGAAUGUUAUCACUGCGAGGACUGCGGUCUCCAGCUCAACGAUGAAGAAGGCCAUCGUUGCUAUCCUUUAGAGGGCCACCUACUCUGUCAUGGCUGUCAUAUUAGGCGCCUCAAUAUCAAAGUGCCACCACAUCCACCUCCAAGCUACCCAAUGCAUGUUACAGAACUCUGAAAGACGCUUUCUAUAGCAAUGGAUCGUGAGAGAGAAGAUGGAAGAACUAAAAAUGACUUUCCAGUUUUUAAAGAUGAAAUUCCUCUAAUAAUCCUCUAAACCAGCUAUUUAUUUUUUUUUUAAACCCUAUGUCAGAGGGCCUCUAUGGUCAUGUCCAUGUUUCCAUUUGCCUUCUGCAUUUUCACGGAGACACCACUUACUUGAAGAAAACAAAGAAAUGAUGCACCACUGAACUAACUGUAAGCAGAAGCAUUUCCCAGUACAGUGGUACGAAAGCCACUCAUUGCAGUGGGAGUGUUGCCUGAGUAAGAAGUGUAGAAUUAGUCCCCCUGAGUUAGCAACCUACAUAUCACAACAAGCGUGAUCAGAUAAAUACUAGCAUUUUAGCUAGUCCCACUGCAUCCUAGUCUUAGAGAAUAAACAUUCUCACAUUUCUGGAAUACUUAGAUUCCCAGCAGUAGUUCAUAGGAAGCAAAGUAGAUAUAUUUUUAGUAACAAAAAUCUUCAACCAUGGGUUAAUUGGUGGUAUUCACACCUAGGAAAGGCUUCGGGCCAGUGUCUUUUCCAUCCUAUUUGCUGUCACAGUGAUCCAACAGAGUAUUUAGCCUGCUGCAGAAACAUGGCAGGUGUCUCCUAUAGGAAGCACAUUACAGAAGAAUGUGUCCAUUCGCAAAGUUAAGAUUCUCUCAUAAAGGGUUAUUGCAUAUGAAGAAAAUUCUGGCUCUCCAUAAUAACGUGCCACUUACAUGCUUGAUUUGUUGUAGCGGCACGAGACCAACCGCAGCUUUAAAAGCGUUUGUCAUGUUCUUCUGGUGAUCUGGCACUUACUAAGCAAUCCAUUUUGUAAACCUGUUUUCGUUACUAGGUUUAGCAGCCCUUUUGGCUCUGCGAGGAGACACUUCUAUGUCUCAAUCCUACUUGUUUUAUACAAGACUUCAUUUGUUACAAACUGCUUUGCAAUUUUUUUCGUUACAUUUUAAAAAUUGGCAGCAGUUCUGUCAUCUUUUCAGUUUGAUGUGUUCUUUUCCAGAUGUAAUUUUGAAUGAUUACAGUGAUCAUCUUCAUUUGAAAACCAAGCAUGAUUUAGCAGAAAUAAUAAUUUAGAGUUUCAGCCAAUUGAAACAGAAAUUGGUAUUUUAUAACAAGUAUUAGAUGUACAUAGAAUGUACACACUUCAUCUUUUGCAUAAGCUUUUACAGUAACCUCAGAACUCUGGGGUAAUAUAUAUCUUCCAUAUAGGAAGUUAGAUGAAUUUUUUUUAAUGUUUGUUUUCUACUGUGCGUUGAUGAUUUACAUGCAAUCACACAUCUGUAUGUUUAAAUAACAAUUCCAUGUAUUCUCAUGAGAAUUGAUCUACGCUUUCCUGAAAUUAUUUUAUAGUUUGAAAUAUGGCCAUCACACCCUUCCUCAGAUAUAUUUAAAUGACAAAAUGCUUUUACUCUGAAUUAGGUGGAAAUAUCAGGCAAGAUUCUCAACAUGUGUAAAUUGAAAGACCUGCAGUGACUUCAACGAAGUUAUGCAGAUUUACACCACCUAAGAAUCUGUCCUAUCAGUUUUAGGAUUGUCACAUGUUAAGUUUCAUCAAACUAAUUAAGGAAAUAGCUAUUUGGCAACACCAUUGAAGUGUAGUAUAUGAAGACUCCAUUGAUGCAAUAAGGCAAUUCAGGAUAUGGUUGGAAAGCACAAAGAGCAACCAAUGGGCUCUGAUUCCUGAAUGGAAUAAUUAACUCAUGAGAUUCUCACUCCCUUUAUAGAGCUUUUUGAUAUUCCAAAAUAUCUUUAUUCAUUGAUGAUGGGAAGAGAUGAAUGUAACAGUUCAGAAACUGCUGCUGAAUUGUCUGGUUGGCAAAGAUUAAUCUGCCCUACUGGAUGAUCGUCAGUAAGUCCAAUGUGCCUUUAACCAGUCAUUUUAUAAUUAAUAGCUGGCUUAGUUAAUGUGAAAGCCAUGUUUUGGAGCACUGAUAAUGCUACAAAUAACCUCCUACAGUGGCAGUAAAAAUUAACCUUCUCACAAAUCUGACUUUAUUGAAGUAACUCGAGGAAUUUGCCUAGUAAUGAAAGUAUCAAAUUGAGGGUGUCAGAGCUUAAAGGUAAAUAUUUUGUAUUAGUCACAGCAUAAUACUUUUCCAUUUCACAAAACAGCUUUGGGCUUCAAGGCAUUGUAUUAGCAUGCGUUAUUGUUCAAACUAUAUGUAUAAAACCCCCCCAUUAAGAAAAAAAUAUUAAAACAUACAGAAGAUUUGGGUCUGUUCACAUGAGCAAGCCAGCCCAGAACAGUGCUUUCUACUGAAAAGUGCAUUUGCUCCAGGUGACUGGGAGGUAGAACCAUAGAAAACAGAGAUGAGAGACCAAACUAGGUCAUUUAGACCAUCCCUCUGCCAGUGUAUUAACUAGUGCUAGGUCUAUUAAGUUUGUAAGUUUUCACUCCUACAUUGCUUUUCAGUGGACAGCACUAUCUAACAUGUACAUACAAUUCUUCUUUGAAAACUAUCAUACUUUAGAACAGAAUAAUACUGAAUUUCACAUUUUAAUUUUUCAGUUCUUUCUAGUAGUUCUACUCAGUUCCAAUAUGUGUUAAGUAUCUUCAUGGUAAAAUGUUGAAAAAUUAUGUUUCAAUAUAGAAAGAGCUGUUUGUUUAAAACCAGAAAGCAGCAGUUGUUGUUCCAGUAUUUUCUAUAGACAGGGGCAUUCUAUUAAAACACCAUAAAUUACAACUGGCUUUUAGAGAGAUGAGGUGAGGAAGGUAAUAUUGUUUAUUGGACCAACUUUUGGUGGUGAAAGAGACAAGCUUUCAAGCUACACAAAGCUCUUCAGGUCAGCUGACUUUUACAUCAUUAAUAUAAGAGCUGGAGCAUAGUUGGUAUAAUUCACCUAUUAUUAUUAUUAUUAAGGAAGAAUAAGGGGAAAGCAUUCACCUAUUAUUAUUAUUAUUAUUCUUAAGGAAGAAUAAGGGGAAAGCUAUAAGCAAAUCUAAAGUGACAUGCUGUACAAUUUAGUAUUAAUGAGAGUUCCUAUGCAUUUUACCUCCUAUCUGGGGAAUUGUAUAAAUGAAAGCAUCUAAUGCUUUGCUUAAGGAGUAUUCUUAAGCUUAAGUAAACUUCCCAGUAUUCAUUUUAUAACAUGAUUAUUUAUUGGAAACCACCUCUGUGUACUGUACUUUCAGAAUAUUUCCAUAACGUUUCAGCAUUUUACAACUUGUUCUCAUUUGCAUCAUGAGAACACAGGAAUAAACCUUUCAUAUUUCAUUUUUUGUGGAAGAUUUCUACAGUGUCCCAAAAGGAUGUGGCCAUUUUAGGAGAUUCACAGAGUCCCUCGUGCACUGGAAGACAAGUUCCAAAGAAAUGACCAAAAUUAUGAUAAUUUUGGCGGGGGGAGGGGCGGUCUCAGAUAUUUGAGCUUUCAAAAAGGGUUUUUUGUAUAUUUUGUAAAGUGGGGCUUCAAAAGUAAAGUAUGGAUGGAGGAGUUCUUUAAGACAAGAAAUUCCAGAACAGUUAAGUAAACCAAAGCUCUAAAGGAGGCACACAAAAGCUGCUUUCUUGUGUUUCAAGAAAAGUUUAAAAGUUUGUGAUUCAUCAUGCAACUAAUGCCAUAACUAGAAUAUAUAAUUUGACUUAAAUUAAGUUUUAAAUUAAGUUGAGAAAUAUUUUCAUUUUCUUUAAAAGAAUAUAGUUUCUUCCAAGAACUUGGACCAACGUUGAUUUUUAUUUUGUAGGAAAUAUAUAAAUGCCCUGUUUGUAUAUCAUGUAACUAGUUUACAUGCUGCAAAUAUACAUUAGUUUAACUAUUUUUGUAUAUAUCCUUGUAAAACUUCGAAAUGUGCUUCUUUGUCUUUUAGUCCCUAGAAUGACUUGUGGUUUUUAUGUUUCAGUGUUUGAUUCCCUUGAUUGUUGAAGAAAAAAGAUUGGGAAAUGUAGAUUUAUUUAUCUAAAGAAGAAGCUACUUACUAUCAUCCUAAGUUAUUUAAUAUUAAAAGUCAGACGUUUCAUUUAACCUUAGAUGUUAUAAUCUGCUUUUUUCAAUAAAGACAUUUUGUAGUUAA